AUGGAUCAGAUCUAUGAUACCAUCGAGAAGGGGUUCAAAGUGGGGAUAUUUGAGAGUCCAACCGGGACAGGGAAAACUUUAUCCCUAAUAUGUGCCACAAUGGCUUGGUUGAGAAACUACAAGAAAGAACACAACCAUACUCAAGGGAGUGUUGAUACUGACUCAGAUUCAGACUCAGAACCUGAAUGGGUUAAACAAAAAUUCAUGGAUUCGAUCGUCAAUCAACAAAGAGGGAAAAUGAAGGAUUAUGAGAAGCAUUUGGACGAUAUGGAGAAAGAAUAUAAAUCCAAAUCAAUCACAUUACACCAACUUAAAAAGAUACGACAUGUCAAGGAAGAUAACUAUUUACCUCAAGAUUACGUUGAACAGAAUGAUCAGCUCAAAGAAGAGAUUUCGAUGUUGUUGGAUAAAUUAAGUGGUCUGGAAACCGUAAAAUUAGAACAGUCAUCACCCACUAUAUUUUUUAGUUCAAGAACUCAUAGUCAAUUGAAACAAUUUUCAGAUCAAUUAACCUUACCCCAAUUUGAAUCAUCUUUGGGGGAUACCCCUGAGCGUCCCAAAUACCUGGUUUUGGGAUCCAGGAAGCAGCUAUGUAUCCAUCCAAAAGUCUCCACUUAUUCAACAGUGGAGGCUAUUAAUGAAGGAUGUAAGGAUUUGAAUGCUAGCGAUGGAUGUGACUACUUACAUGCCGAUGGUAAAUUCACUGAUUAUUCGAUGACAAAGGUCCAUGAUAUCGAAGACUUGAAGGACUUGGGUAGUUUCUUGAAAGUGUGUCCUUAUUAUUCUGUAAGAAACAAUCUCAAAGCCAGUGAGAUUAUAUCUUUACCUUAUCAAAUGAUCUUGGAAUCUACAACAAGAGAUUUACUCAAACUAGACCUCAAAAACUCCAUUGUCAUCAUUGACGAAGCACACAAUUUAAUAGAUUCCAUAACAUCUUUGAACUCAAUGAAAAUAUCCCAACUUGAACUAAAUAAGAUUUUGGGAGGUUUGGAAACUUAUUACAAAAAGUUUGUAAAUCGUUUGAAUUCAGGAAAUAGAAUCAACCUAGUCAAACUUAUUAAAAUCGUCAAAAUCAUCAUGAAGUUUUUUGAUGGGGAUAAGAAAUCGGGAAAAGAAAUCAACGUCAAUGACAUAUUCAUAGGAAGUACGGGUGAUUUGUUCAACAUACACUCGUUGGAGACUUACUUGACAAAGUCCAAGAUUGCUUACAAGAUUGAAAACUACCUUGAGGCUAUCGAAUAUAAGAAUUCCAGUCCCUUGCUCUUCAAAUUGGUGAAAUUUUUGAAAUGUGUGAGUUUCCCUUCGAAGGAAGGUAGGUUCUUCUGGGAUUUAGAUGGUGAACCGUCCAUUAAUUAUAUGCUUCUUGAUCCUUCCCAACUUUUUAAACCAAUCAUCGAACAAUGUAAGUGUUUGAUACUUUGUGGGGGUACUAUGGAACCCAUGAGUGAUUACACCGAGAUUUUGUUCCCUUAUCUCAAAGCAGAUGAUAUUAACACCUUUUCAUGCAAUCAUGUUAUUCCAGAUGCUAAUCUUAAAGUUAUGCCCAUCGGCACCUAUAAUGGAACUAAAUUUGAUUUUACUUUUGGCAACAGGGCCAAUAGCAAGUUGAUCACAAGUCUUGGGGAUGCACUACUCCAACUAUUCAAAACCAUACCUUUUGGGGUGGUUGUCUUCUUCCCGAGCUAUAAAUACCUCGAAGAGCUCCACCGUGUAUGGGAAAGAACUGGGCACAUAAAAAAGUUCGAAUCAGUGAAAAAGAAGCUAUUCAUGGAAACAUCUGACACUGAUAAGAUUCUAGCAGACUAUUCUAACUGUAUACUGAUUCAAGGUUCUGCCCUAUUAUUUUCGGUUGUUGGGGGAAAGUUAAGUGAAGGUAUAAAUUUUUCUGACAACUUAGCAAGGGGGGUGAUCAUGAUAGGAUUACCUUACCCAAAUAUAAUGUCUUCAGAAUUGAUUGCUAAACGCCAAUAUGUUGAGAGAGUUUCUGGGAAGGAAAGGAGUAAAGAAUACAUAGAAAAUAUUUGUAUGAGGGCCAUCAAUCAAAGUAUAGGAAGAAGUAUCAGACACAUCAAUGAUUACUCGAUGAUUUAUCUUAUUGAUUCCCGUUAUGAGAAUACUAAUAUACAGAAUAAAUUAAGUGGGUGGAUCAAAAGAAGAAUAAACGAAUUACCUUUCAAUGAAAUUAUUGACGAAACAAACGAAUUCUUCAAUAAUAAGCUUGUCACUAGAAUGGUAUGA